AAAAAAGGUUAGGACUUUAAUAGAAUGAAUGACUGACACGGAUUCAUUUCAUUGUCUAUUUCAGCUUUUCUCUAGGGAGUGUUUGAAUGGUCCACUUAGCUCAACACUCAAGGCGGCCUGUGAACGGAAACUCCAUAUAUGGUCCUAACGGUCUCCACUCUGAUUGGUUCUCUGGCUGCAGCGACAGACUCGAGCCCAAACUACAAUGUCUCGAGCUCGUCCGGCAGCAGCAGCAGCAGUUUAGCAUCGCCUACCGGAGACAUACCCGCAUGCAGUCAGCGGUCUCCAAGCUCACUCACGAGCGCAUCAUCAGUAGACAGCAGCACGUCUCAGAAUGUCUGCGGUGAAACAGACUGUCCACGGCAGUCUGCCUUUGUUCCUACAGUGACUGCGAUCUCAGCCUUCUCGGAUCUGCAGUGGAUGGUCCAACCGACCACCGUCAUCUCAGCAUCUGCCUCCCCCUCCUCCCCUUCCAGCAGCGCAAAGCCUACAAGAGCUCAUGGCGCAACCCAGUCAUCUUCAAGAGCGGGAGGGAACACGGAACAAUCCACCAGCACGAGAGGGAAAAAACAGGCGACAUCAGAAGAGGAUGAGAGGAGGAAGAUCAGGAGAGAGAGGAAUAAAGUCGCAGCGGCCAAGUGUCGCAACAGACGGAGGGAGCUCACAGACACCCUGCAAGCCGAAACUGAUCAGCUCGAAGAGGACAAAGAGGCCUUGCAGACAGAGAUAGCCCACCUCCUGAAAGAGAAAGAGAGUCUGGAACAGAUCCUAUCCGCCCACCAGCCAGCCUGCAAACUAGCCGCCGCUGAAGACAACAACGUGGAGGAAGACAUCGACGAAGACAUCGCCGAUGACAUCGACCGCAUGCUCCAGGACCCUCCGGAUUCCCCCCAGCUGCUCUCCAUCUUGGAGAAUGAAGACAAACUCCAACUCCCAGAGGGAAAUGCAACACUAGUGACUGUAUCCGACACUCCUUCACUUCAGGACAUGGAAACUGUUGUGGUUCCCUCGAACAUCUCCAUCUCUGCGUCAGCCAUCUUGGGUAACUCCAACAUCCUGCUGUGCUCCAGCGCUGAGGAAGAACCCAUGGACGACCUAAACUUCGACCAGGAUGACUUAGACAACCUGGUCCCUAGCCUGGAACUCAACAUGGCUGUGGCCCCUGAGACUGCCCCGUCUGUUCCCGACAUCGACCUCCUCGGAGGCCCCUUCUGCCUCUCAGACUGGGAGACCCUGUACAAGUCGGUGGCCAACAAUCUGGAGCCCCUCUGCACCCCCACGAUGAUGACUUCCAGUGACAGUCCUACCUGUAGCAGUUACCGCUCUGUGUUUAGUUUGAAUUACACAGAGAUAGACUCUUUGGCGGGGACAGGAGUUGCAACUCCAGCUCUGAGACCCUCAAAUGAGGUGUUGGUGGUAGAUCUGAUUUGAUGAACCGUAAUCUGAACUCUCCCACACUGUUGACCUUGUGACACUGUUAUGGGACUGGUGGGACAUAUACAUAUAGGGCUAGUUUCCCCCACUCACAGAUUGAUCCUUAGUCUUCGAUUAAAAAAGCAGUGUCCAAUGAUGAUUCUCCUUUGAAAGUGCCUCUUUAGUCCAGGACUAGGCUUAAUCUGCGUCUGAGAAACACGGCCCUUGAGGUUGAUAUUGAACCAAUAAGCUAUGGUCUAUUCAUCUACCCC